AUGGAGUCUUUGUGGGCAAGCAAGUUCGAUCGCUGUUCAAAGAAAAUGACAGUGGCUGGUCUUGCAAUUAAUUUCCGUGUACGGAAUGAAGAUUACAGUUGUCCUCUUUUGAGUCGGAUAUUUGGCAAACUUGAAAGGGAUAGACCAUUCGGAAGAGGGAUCCAUAAUAACGAUUGCUUGGCAGUAAAUCCAGCAAUUGCAAGGAUUAUGUUUCCUGAGUUGUUUCCAGCAGGAUCUAAUGAAGGUUGCUUGUUGGGCAUGACACACGAGUUAGUUGAGCUUGAUUCAGAAAAUCUUCAAGCCUUUCUUUAUUCCUUCCCCUUCAAAGAGUAA